UAUGCAGAAGACAUUUCUGACCAGACAAACAGCACGGGGGGUGGGAAUGGUGCCUUCCCCAGCCCUGCAGAUGUGAUGUAUCUUGCUCUUCCCCCUGACACUUCACACCCGGGGGGGGGGGGGGAUCUGAAUUCAAGUCCUCAGUAUCCAGUGUUGCUUGGCCUUUUCUCUGAAACUGUCUGAUGGUAACAGGUGAGCGACCAGCUGGUAGAGAUCAACGGGGAGCCUACAGUGGGCAUGACGCAUGCGCAAGCGGUGGAGCAUAUCCGUAGUGGGGGUAGCCGGAUACGCCUCGUGCUGAAGAAGGGCAACGGUUUUAUUCCCAAUUAUGACCGUGAGUACAGCCAGAGUCCCACCAAGCGGUAUCAGACGCCAGAGGCAGAGGACAAAGCCAGGCAGCGAUGCAGGAGAUCAAACCGGCCGGGGGCCCUGCAAUACCAGGGACCAAACGUCUGUGACGGGGGCAGCCCGGAAGCAUCGCCCGGUAACAGGCAGCAGCCUCCAAAAACCCGGCAGCUGAACUGGCACCACCACUGCUCCACCAAGGUCCAGGGGGAUGAAGACAAGGAAGGGGAGGAGGGGGGCUGGAGGCAUCAUCGGGAGCAAGAGACGAUUGGGGAGGGCAGGGGGGACAGCUGCAAGCUCCUCUCCCCCAAGCCCAGCCGGAAACUGCGCUCAGAUCUGGUCCCUGGUCCCUGGCUCGUCCCCAGCAAGGAGCGUCUCUCUCGGGCUCUGUGGGGCGUCUGCAUGGGUCAGGGGGAAGAAGAGGAGCAGAAGGGCGAUGCGGUCAGGGGGAAGGGCAUGGAGGUGAAGAGGCGGAGCUAGAGCCCACUCCACUUGGCGCAACGCAGAACUACUCAGUGCCUGGGGCAAUGGCACUGCCCCUCCCCCCCCCCGGACUAUGCAAUAGGAUCUCCCUUUUUCGUGUUCCUCGUUCUCCAUUCAUACUAUGCAACAGAAGCCUUCUUUUGAUUUGUUUUGUUUUGUUCUCUGCUGCCGACCUUCUUCCAUACGCCAUACUAUGCAACGGUUCUCAUGAUCACAACCGUCUCUCCCCGCAGCCCCAAACUUUGGCCUCUUCAUCGCCACCUUCCUUGGAGCUGUGCGAUGGAACCUUCCAUUCUGCUGUAACCCAAAGACUGCAACAGCGAUGCCCUUUCUUAAAACUUUCCACCUUGAAAUCUUCUAGGGCAACGGUUUCUCAUUGCAGCAUUCCUAAGAACCGUGGGGUUGGGAGUUCCUCAAUGAGAAGAUCAGUAAUGGCAGACAAGUUGCCCUAAACUUUGGUGUGUGGAUGGGUAUGCGGCUACAGGGGAGUGCUGAACACACUCUAGGACAGGUUGCCACUUUGCACAAGGCGAGGGCUGGUUGCCACAGGCCAGAUUGGGACAAGGCCGAAACCAAGGGAACACCCUGCAACAUGCCAAGAUGUUGUACUUUCAGUACGAUUUUAUACCAUCCUUUUUCCAAGGAGCUCAGAGCAGUGAAUGUCAUUUGCCUCCUCCUCCUUCAUUUUAUCAUCACAUCAACCCUGGGAGGUAGGUUAGGCUGAGAAGGUGCGGCUGGCCCAGGUCAUCUACCAAGCUUUCACGGUAGAGUGGGGAUUCAAAUCUGGGUCUUCCAGACCCUAGGUUAGCAUUGCAACCACUAUGCUGCAGCGUACUGGGGUUCCUCAAAAGGCUGACCUACAAGUUCUUCAGCUGCCCAAGAAUUAAGAUCACAGGGAGAGACUCUCACGGCUGCCCCACCAAUCAAAGAAGUUUGUCUGGUGGGUACAAGAAGGAGGGCCUUUUCAGUGGCGGGCCCACAAGUAUGGAACAACCUCCCCUUUUAGAUCUUUAGAAGGCGGUUGCCAGAUUUAUUUAGGACUGCGUUUGGGUAGGUUGCUAGCAGUCCUGAGUUGUGGUUUUAAAUGUUGGUUGUAACGUUUUUCAUGUGUUUUAUUCUGUGUGUUAUCUACGUUGGUAAGUUGCCUUGAGUUCUGUAAGGAAGAAAGGCAUCUAAAUUAACGCUUUAAGUAAUAAUAAGAAACAAUCAACACAGCAGGGAUUCCCUGAGGGCCAAAUAGCGUGAAGGCAUCCUUUUCCACUGAAAUUUGUCUACCAAGAAAUUCCCUGGCAGAAGGUUCUGGAUCACAUUCUAGAGUUCAUCUGAAGCUAGAACUCACCAGCACCCAUUGCAAACUGAGAGCAGGUCUGUAGACAUGUGCCAGACUUCCCUGUGACUCUCCCUUGCACACGAGGGGAAGAAAGGCCACCCACCUGUCAUGGAACUUUGUCUGCAUUUGCUGAUCUGCUUCUGGAGGGACUCGUGACAAAUUCCUGAGGAUUCACAGGGUUGGAAAAACUGCUGCUCCUGACUCCUUUCUUGGCUGACUUUCCAGACUGUGUAGUGCUGCUGGGUGUCCAACUCUGGCCCUCCUGCAGGGGCUGAUGGGAAUCAUAGUCCAUGAACUUCUGAAGGGCCACAGUUGGACACCGCUGGUGAAAUGGUUUGUUCCACUUUAUAGCUAAGUCCGUCAACAAAGUCCGGUUGCCUCAUUCAUUCUUCUGUCCACCCACCUGCGGGCCCCUUCCCUGCCCACUCCACUGGUGCCUCAAUCCAUCCCAGAGCCACACAGGCUGGUGUAACUUUCUCAGCCCAGAAUGCCAUGGCAUUCUCCACUCUGCUAGUGCCAACUAACAUGUGCAUGACAACCGUCAUGUGCUAAAACGCAUACCCUAUGGGGUACAAAAGGGCCAUGUGCGUCCACAUCAACUUGCAUCCAGCCAUGCCUACUCGUGCCAUGAAAUUGGGUCUUGUGCAUAGAUCUGCGUUCACUGGCAGCUCACAGCGCGCUGUUCUUGGCAGGCAAUUGUAGCUCCCCCCUACCUGAUAGGUCACAACAUCCUCUGACUGGUGGGCCCACUUUGUUUCCUUCCAUGUCAAAAAAGUUCGCUGCUGACAGAGGAUUGAGGGGCAUGCAAGCUGGAUAACGGACUACUAGCUUCUCGUUGACAGGUGAUAACAGCAUCGCAAGAAGAGAAAAAGCUGCAAUCUAAAUCUCUCCCUCCCCCUUUGAAAAAAACUAGAGUUGCUCCGUCCUUUCAGAUCUCUGAUGUGACCUCUCAGUUCUCCACCCGAUACAUCUACCCAGGCGCUACCCAGCAUGUCCAGGGAAGGGGUGCGUGUUGGUGCAACCUUGGGUCAUUCAAGCAAAAGUGUGCCUUGUGCCCCCCCCCCACCUUAGCAGCCAAUGUGCAUUGCAUGCAGUCUGCAAACACAAAUGGAUGUGAAACGCGCAUGCAAACACAAGGUGCAAACACUUAGCAGAGACCACUCUUUACCCACAAACAUGCACAUGUGUCAGAUGAUCCUCGGGGGGGGGAUGCAUGAGAAUGGCCGCAGCACACUUGGGACACCCACCUCAUUGUGUUCAGAAAGCCAGGGGCUUACCUAGCAAGCCAACUUCCACCACACCUCACCAACCUCCAGGCGGUAACUGUUGCGCCGUCUGGCAAAAUGUUGCUGGGUCUUAGAUCUUCCUAGAAGCUGCUUCCCUAAAACCACGUCUCCUCCUUCCUACUCUCAGGUGUAUUGAUAGGGGUUGGUUUGUCCCAGAAUGAGAGGAAAGAUCUUUGCAGAUGCAGAGACAUGGUGAGUUUGUAGUGGUGAACCCCACAUGAAACUAAUAUUGAUUAAUCUUUCUAAUGACGCAAAUGACCUACCGGUAGCUGUAGUAGAGCUACCAGACAUUGUAGACCUCUGGUCUGCAACUAACAGCUUGGGAAUCACAAUUAGGUUAUGUUGCCCAUGGUGGACUGCACCAGUGGUAAUAGCAUCAUUUAACUGUAUUAGGUGGGGGGUAUUGAAGGAGCAGAGAUUGGGGGAAAUGUGGGGAAAAACACAAAGGAGCAGGGAAGAAAAAAGGAAGCCAGAGAGAUGUGUAUGUUUUGAAUAAAGCAGGUUCAUUAGAUGACAUCCGUGGGCAAGGAGACUCCUGUCCUUUUAAUCACUGAUUACAUGACAGAGUUCAACAGGUGUACGCCUGCCCUUUAACCAUUGAGUGCAAGGCAGAGUUCAACAGGUGCAGUUUGGGCCUUUUGUCAUUGGGGAAUGGAUAUGACCAAACAGAAAAAUCUUGCAGGCAUGCCUGGCAGCAAAGUUAUGCAACAGAAAUGAUUUUUUAAAAAGAAAUAAAAUCUUACCAAGAGA